GUGUCAAAGGUUCUGGUUCUGUGUCUGUAAACAAUCCACAAAAAAAAAAAAUGGUACUCAUAAUUCUUUGAAACAAUCGUAAUUUGAAAAAUAUUAAUAACUUCGUUUCAUGUGAAUAGAGUUAUAAAAAAGUGUUAAAUUGAAUUAAUCCCGCUUAGCAUAAACCUCGUUUCUGAGUGGUUAUAAUUAUUUUAUUGAAAGAAUUAGCUAUGUCAAUGUGUAAAAAGUUUUAAUGAAAAUUAAUGUAUUUUGGAAAAGCACGACGUAGGAUAUGUUUCACAAAAAAGAAGCAAUGUUUUCUCGUCAGAAGUUCCUGAGAAAUGAUGAAUUCGAUGACGAACUAAACGAUUUGUUCAAUAAGAAGUAUCAAUUCCGAUAUAACAGUGAAUGGAAACUGCCAGACCGGGACUCCUGGUUUUCCGCACCGCCGUGGAAAGUUAAAGCUUUGGAUUCGUUGAAAACGAGACUUAAUUUUCACAAGAGUCAGUUGAACGACUUCAGUAUCGAGGAGUGGAGCAGCCACACUCGGCGACGCAACCCGGCGGGGGAAGUCGGCUGGAAGGUUAGGUGCUUAAUCAACCCUGAGUUUCUGACCCAAGCGUGGACUAAAUUCUACGAAUGCGCUUGCACAUACAGUAUCGUGCCAAAAGAAGCCAGCGAAUUGAAAAAAAUAGUCACACUGCACCUCUGUGAAGCACCUGGAGCUUUCAUCACCUCUUUGAAUCAUUAUUUGAAAUUAAAUCAUAGGGAUAUGCAGUGGAAAUGGGUAGCUAACACUCUGAAUCCAUAUUAUGAAGGAAACUCACCAUCAAACAUGAUCAGUGAUGAUCGUUUCAUGUACCACACAUUAGAUAACUGGCAUUUUGGAGUUGACAAUACAGGAAACUUGAUGGAUUGGGAGAAUUCACAAGCUAUCAUCAACAAAGCCAAAGGCUUGGGAAAGGUAAUGCUUGUCACAGCUGAUGGGUCUAUUGACUGCCUGCAGAGGCCGGAUGCUCAGGAAGAGGUCACUUCUCCCUUGCAUUAUUGUGAAAUCGUAACUGCACUACAGACUCUGAGUCCAGGAGGAACUUUAAUAUUUAAGCUCUUUACAAUAUUUGAACACUCUACAGUUAGCUUGCUGUACCUCAUCAAUCACAUGUUCCAAGAAGUGAACCUUUAUAAACCUGUUACAUCUCGUCAGGGUAACUCUGAAGUCUAUGCAGUAUGUCUUAGAUACAAAGAUAAUAUUAACUUGAAUAUAUAUUUAUCUACUCUCAAGACCACAUAUGGAACAGAACUUUAUUCAAAAACAGCUUUGUUUCCUUUAGAAGCAAUCCCUGAAUCCUUUUUGAAGCAAGUUGAGGAGUGUGCUUAUUACUUUUGCUCAAUUCAAUGUCAAGUAAUAAACAAUAAUCUCCAAGCUUAUUUGAUGCAGAAAAACAUAGCGUUACACAGAGAUAUAAAGAAAAUUCGUGGUCUGGUAGCAUCAGAAUUCUUAUGGAAAUAUGAUUUGAAACCUAUUGAAUUUGAACAGGAAAUUCUAAAAGGUGCUCUCCACGAGGAGAACAAAAUAAAUACUAAUCCUCGAUAUCACCGCGGGUCCUACACAGAAAGGCAGUUGUAUUCCAAAAUGUCAUUAAAAGAAAAACUAAAAAAUCUGAAUGGAUUUUUACAAGCCGAACUACUGUCUAAUCCUCUCAUUUUGAUAAAUGAGCCCAUCAGGUGGAUGUUUAAAAACGAUAAUUUAAAGCUAGAUAUUGUUUUUACUUGUGGACUCCCUUUACAAAAGGUGAACAGUUCUAAAUUUAUAUUUGUACCAAUUUUCAAGCUAUACCAGCAAAUAUUAGCAGAGGAAGAAUUCAAGGAGAUAAUUCUCUAUAAACAAUCUAGAGCGCAACAUAAUGUAAGUGACACAGAAAGUAUCUCAAAGAUUCUUAUGCUGCCCGAGUAUCAAUACAAAGACAGUUAUAAUGUUUAUGAGAAAAAUUGCUUCAAGACUUUGCUAAGUAUGUUAAAAGCACUAUGCAAAGGAGAGACUCUAAUUUUAAAAAAAUUUAACACACUUACUCAUUUUAAUGUAAGUAUUUUAUAUAUUCUUUCUAAUAUGUGUUUUGAAAAGACUGGAUUUGCGUCAUGCGGUAGCAUAAUAUUAAGCAAUUUUCAAGGAGAAUCUAUGUUAAAUUUUCUAGAUAUCAUAGACAUUGAAUGUGAUAAAGUUCGAUGUGACAAGUCAAAAGAUGUUUUGAACAACCUGCCUGUGCAGGCAAUAAAUGAUGGAGUAUUUUUCAAUAAUAUUGUGUUCUAUAAUAACACAUUUUAUAGAAAUAAAUGCAUGGAAUACUUGUACACAAUUGAACAAUCUCUUUGAAAUCAAUUUUAUUAAUGCUUACAAUCUUUAGGAGAUAUUUUUUUAAGUAAUUUAUUGUUGUGAACUUAUUGAAUCUUGUUGUUCUCUUGUCACAGUGAAGUGAAUUAAACAUUUCUAAAUGUU